AAACUCAAGUUCAUACUUUUCUCUCAAAAGCGUGUUCUUGCACGAUAACAAACAUAUCAAAAACGUUUGUGUUUUACUAAGACUUUUCUCGUAAAACUUGUAAGAGAUGGACGAGGAAAUGAAUCAAAAACUGGAAUGGCUCGAAGCUCAGAAGAUAGAGAUAAGCGUUGACCUCUUUGCUGCAGCCAAACAACAGCUUCAGUUCCUCGCAGCUGUUGACCGGAACCGUUAUCUCUACGAUGGCCCUGCACUCGAAAGAGCCAUCUACAGAUACAAUGCUUGCUGGCUUCCUUUGCUAGCUAAAUACACUGAGCCCUCUUCCAUCUGUGAAGGACCAUUAGUCCCUCCUCUUGACUGUGAAUGGGUUUGGCAUUGCCACAGACUCAACCCAGUGAGGUACAAGACUGACUGCGAGGAACUCUAUGGGAGAGUCCUCGACAACUCUAACGUCUCAUCUUCCGUUAAUGGAACCUCCAAGUCACAAACUGAAACUCUAUGGAGGAGACUCUACCCUACAGAGCCUUAUGACCUUGACUUGAUCAACAAGACAACCUCAGAAACAGAGAGAAAACACACCACCACCACUUAUGAUCUUGUUUCAGCUGUCAAGAGACAAUCUACGUUCUACUACCAAGUCUCAAGACCUCACGUAGACAACGACGUCUUCCUCCGAGAAGCUGUGGCUAGAUACAAAGCCUUCCUCUACUUGAUCAAGAGAAACCGAGAAAGAUCGGUUAAGCUUUUCUGCGUUCCAACUUACGAUAUCGACCUAAUCUGGCACACGCACCAGCUCCACGCUCUCUCUUACUGCAAGGACAUGACGAAGAUGAUCGGUAAGGUCUUGGAGCAUGAUGACACGGACUCUGACCGUAGCAAAGGUAAGAAGCUGGACACUGGCUUCUCUGGAACUACUGCUAUGUGGGAAGAAACGUUUGGUGCAAGGUACUGGAAAGCUGGUGCUAUGAACCGAGGUAACACCCCGAAGGCGGUUACAACUUCUCCUUGUGGUUUCUUGGGGAAGAAGUUAAUAACUGCUGAAGAGGAUGUAAUAGUGAUACAAUCUCCAGAGGUGGAUGUUAUUGAGGUUGUGUUGGAGAUUGUUGGGGUUAAGAAUUUGCCAGAUGCUUAUAAAGGGAAAGUGUUUGUUGUGUUUAGUAAAACACAACCUGAUUCUCUGUUUAACGCUGAGCGUAGGCUUAGUGUUUUAUCCGAGUCUUGUGGGGAGAAGCAAGUCGCUAUGUUUAAGUGUGAGCCUAGAGGAGAGCUUAGGUUUCAGCUAAUGUCUUGUAAGUCUAAAGCCUUAGGGUUUGUGUGUUUAUCUCUGUCUGAGUUUCUGUUUCCGGUUAGUACACUCUCUGUUGAGAAGUGGCUUGAGUUAACAACGCCGGCUAAAAGAGGAAAGGACCCCAUCUCUCUGCGAGUUGCUGUCUCGUUUACUCCACCAACUCCUAGUCCGACUGUUCUACACAUGGUUCAGACAAGACCUUCGCUGAAAGACUCUUGUUUCUUCCCUCUUGUCGGAAAGGCACGUCUUGCUAAGGUGUUUACACGCGUUGUUGAUGAAUCCGAGACAGAGGUGAUGAGUCUUCAGAUGAGAAACUCUAGCGGUGAUACAAGACAAUUGAUUGGUGAGAAAGGGAGUGGUGAAAGUUUGGUGAUGGCAGAGUAUGAUGGGAGUUAUUGGUCUUUGCUUGAUUGUAAAUGGUCACUUAAGAAGAUAAGGAGUGGUGAGAGAGAUGGUCCUUUGUUUGAGAUUAUGGGUGAGAGAAUGGUGAGAGUUUACUCAGGGAGGAAGCUGGAGUAUGAGCCAAAACAUUGUGCAAAGCUGAGAAGUGAGCAAGAUUUUUUCAUGACUGCUGUUGAGUUCUCAAAGGAACAUCCUUAUGGUAAAGCUGUAGGGCUGCUAGAUUUGAAAACUGGUUCUAUUGAGGCAAAUGAGAGAUGGUUUGUUUUGCUUGGAAUAGUAUCUGCUUUCAUACUCAGUGAUCUUCUCAAGAAGGAAGGCUCUUUAGACAAAGUGAAAGCUAAUGUAAUAAAAGAGGAGACUGGAGUUUUGACUGAUCAAGUGAAGUUAGAAGAAGAAACAAUGAUGAAUUUGGACGUCACUACUCCAGUUUUGGAAGCAGCUGAGAAGGUAAAUGGUGGUGCUAAGUGCUAUUCUAAGGAGCUUAACGCUAGCGGUGGCUGCGGUGUUGGUUGUGGUGUAAAAAGUGGGAACAUUACUGAAGAAGAAGGUGGGCAUUGUGGUGGUUGUGGUGGUAGUGGGUGCAGUGGAGGCGGUGGAAGAUGUGGUGGGAUGACGAAGAUCAGUGGCUGCGGUGGCGGCUCAUGCGGUGGCGGUUCCUGCGGUAACUGCAGUGGAGGAUGUGGUAAUAUGAUCAAGAGUAAUGCUAAUGAAGAUGUUCGAGUAGCAGCACCAGAAGCUCUAAACGACGCCGUUACAGUUUGAUUAUUCAACUACACGAACCAUAUUAAGUUACAUGAUUACAUCUAUGUAAUAUUAAUAAAUGGACUAAAAAUCUAAUAAAACUAAAAUGAGAGAUGAUGUUUUUUCUU